ACCGGCUGCAGCAAACAACGAUGUCCUCACAAGUAGCAGCGGCAGCGGCCGCUGCCGCCGCUGCCGCCGCAGCAGCAACAGCAACAACAACAACAACAACAACAACAACAUCGGCAGCACCAGUCGCAGCCGCUCAAAGGCCGCCUGCAGGAGGAGCGGAGGAACCGUUCAGAGCGGCGGCGGAGGUGGGGGAGGCUGCCCAUGACACCGCGGUUUCUUCAGGGCGGUCCAACACCGCAGUCGGAUCUGGAUCGCUUGACUUGAGAGGGCUGGGCACCACGCCAGCAGCAGGAAGAAACAUGAACGGAGAGGCCAUGGAGGAAGUAGAGUCUAUUGGGGAGGAGGAGGAAGAGGAGGAGGAGGAGGAGGAGGGAGACGCGAAUGAAGGAGACCGUGAGCGAUGGUCCAACCGUGAGUUGCAAGCUGCCCUGGCGAUGCAAGCUAGCAGUGUCGUGGGUCUAGCUCCCAAGGUGUACGAGGAUGGUUCGUUUAGUCGCCCAGACUGGAUGGCUCCAAGUUUGAAGUCGCCCAGGUCUAUUGCGGCAGCGUUUAGGCAACGUUUCCCGGAAGCCCCUAUAUGCCGGCCGGUAGACAGCCCUGAGAAGCGUGCCUUGGCAGCGAUGCAGCCGUCGGCAGCCACGGAAAAGAUGAAGUCGCGAGCGAUGGUUGGAGGAAGUACGAACCGGGGCCUCCUGAAGCAACUGUUGAAGGAGGCGGCCAUGGCCGUUUUCGCAACAACGCACGUUGUGUUCGUUGUCUACCUACUCGAAGUGGUUUUCUUCGACGUUUUGGUCAAGAUUCCGGAUUUUCAGGCAAGCUUUGUAGUACAUGAAAUACAGCUCUGCAGACACGUUGCUCGCGCUAGGUCGCCUUCUCCAAUCCACAUCCACACAGGUGGGCAAGAGGAGUGCCCGACGAGAGGCCCGAGGGUAAGAACUCUUCCGUUGUAUCAUUCUUGUUUCAGGUAACGACCUACAGCGGGUCAACGUCCGUGAGGAUGAUCUGUCCUGGAUGCAGGUCGAACACGUUUGUGAAGCCUCCCGGAGUAUCAGGGCACGGCUGGAGUAAUGCGAGCGCCACGAAGAUCCGAGCGAUCCCCGAUGUAGGCAGGGUGGUGGUUCCAUUGUCUGGCAGGUACGCCUGCCGGAAUCCCAAUUGCCCUCUGGUGUUGGCGAGUGCGAAGAAGGCAGCCAAAAAAAAAAAGGUGGAGGUUGCGGAUGACGGGUGGGAUGAGGCCACCACCCAGAAGUGGUGCCCAAACGGCGCAACCUUCACCACCCAGGACGACAGAUACAUGCAGGUGUUGCCUGAGGAGGUGGCGUUGCGUCUACCCUU